GAUUCCUCUUCCGGUGAGCAGACGAUCUGUGUGUGUAGUCCGUGGGUGAGGUGGGGCAGAGAGUCUCCCGGUCAACUUGUUAAAAAGUUCACUGCGUGUCGGUUUAUGGCGGAAUUCUCCACGAGCGGCACUGAAACACGUUAGCGGGAGUCAGGUGGAGCUGUGAGACGCUGGACUGAGACAGACCGGGGACAUGGCGUCCAGUAAGAACAAGAACCAGACGUCUCUGGUCCUCCAUAAGGUGAUCAUGGUGGGCAGUGGCGGCGUGGGGAAGUCAGCGCUCACCCUGCAGUUCAUGUACGACGAGUUCGUGGAGGACUACGAGCCCACCAAGGCCGACAGCUACAGGAAGAAGGUGGUCCUGGACGGCGAGGACGUUCAGAUCGACAUCCUGGACACGGCCGGGCAGGAGGACUAUGCCGCCAUUAGAGACAACUACUUCCGCAGCGGCGAAGGUUUCCUGUUGGUGUUCUCCAUCACGGAGCACGAGUCCUUCACCGCCACGUCCGAGUUCAGGGAGCAGAUCCUGCGGGUGAAGGAGGAGGAGGCCAUCCCUCUGCUGCUGGUGGGGAACAAGUCGGACCUGGAGGAGCGGCGGCAGGUCUCUGCUGACGAGGCCACGGCCAAGGCCGGCGAGUGGGGGGUCCAGUACGUGGAGACCUCGGCCAAGACCAGAGCCAACGUGGACAAGGUGUUCUUCGACCUCAUGAGGGAGGUCCGUAAGAAGAAGAUGGCCGAGAGCAAAGACAAGAACGGGCCGAGCGGCAAGAAGAAGAAGAAGCACUGCCUCAUCCUGUAACCUGCACCCUGAGGUGACACAGUGCCAAAACCAAAGAGAAACAGUCAGACGGACUCAAACAGGCGGCGGCGGCGAUGGCGGCGGCAGGUCGCAACUCAAACACUCGCUCCGUCAGCUGAGGAGGAAACACUCCUGAUUAUUUUCACACCUCACCUCCAGACGUGUCGGAGGAGUCUCACCUCCAUUUAUUCUUUAUGUCCAAAGCUGUCGGUGUUUUUCUGCUUCCUCUUUAUGUUACAGAUUCUGCUCUGUGUGGCCAAAAGUAUGUGGACACCUCACAGGGGAAAUGUCAUCCAGAACGUCCGGACACAGCAGUUUGUAAAACAUGUUUAUACCACAGAUUAUAUCAGAUUAAAUAGUUAUCUUAAUAAAAAAUAAUUAUUUAAUCUGAUAUAAAUAAAUAAUAAAUAAUUAUUUUAAUAAAAAAUAACUUCCCCAACGCCUUUUCCUGGCAUUAUCCUGGCAGGACACGUAGCGAUGUCUCAUUAAAAAACAACCGCUUUUUAUGGAGCUAUCCUUGUGGGAAAUGCAGCGCUGUCUUGCUAAAAAAAAAAAUUAAAAAAAAAAAAUCCGCUUUUUGAAACAUUAUCCUCAUGAGAAAUGCAGUGAUGAACAUCCUCUUUUUGUGGCAUUAUCCUGUCAGUAAACUCAGUGAUCUCUGGAUAAAAAAAACUGCUUUUUGUGGCAUUAUCCUCGCAUGAAAUGCAGAGAUGUAUGGGUAAAAACAACUGCUUUUCAUGGCAUUAUCUUUGGGAGAAAUGCAGCGAUGUUUGGGUAAAAAAAAAAAAAAAAAACGCUUUUCAUUGCAUUAUCUUUGCAAGAAAUGCAGUGAUGUAUGGGUAAAAAAAACCAACCCCAUUUUGUGGCAUUAUCCUCACAAGAAAUGCAGCGAUGUAUGAGUAAUAAACAACCUUUCUUCGUUGCAUUAUCUUUGCCAGAAAUGCACCAAUGUCUGGAUAAAAAACAACCGCUUUUCGUGGCAUUAUCUCGCAAGAAAUGCAGUGAUGUAUGGGUAAAAAGUAACCCCAUUUCGUUGCAUUAUCUUUGCCAGAAAUGCAGCCAUGUAUGGGGAACAAACAACCUUUCUUUGCUGCAUUACCUUUGCGAAAAAUGCACCAAUGUCUGGAUAAAAAACAACCGUUUUUCGUGGCAUUACCUUUCCAGAAAAAAAGAUCAUCAGGUCUGUUUGUUUGAGGUCUGCAGUUCGGCAGGUGUCUCGCCUGGGUGUCCACAUACUUCUGGCCACAUAUUGUACACGUUUCCUUUCCUCUCCUGUGUUGUUGUGACUGCUGUGACGAUCUUGUGCCUGUGAUCACAGACGGACGGACUGUACCUUUAAGUGUCCUCCAGUCGUCCGUCUGUCCUUCAGUCUGAGUCUUCUCACACAUUCCUCGUGUUUCACUUCCUCACACUCCUUUUUGUACGAAGCUUUGUCUUCACUCCCCAGCUAAUCUAUAAUUUAUAAUCACGUUUAUUAAAAGGGAAUCUCUUGUAUUUAUGAUGUCUGUGGUUUGAAGGGACUUUAGACACGUUGGUGUCGUCGUCGACUCAAAGUCAAACUAAUGAUUUGAUAAUCAAAGAGAGGGCUGAUCACUGAGGCUCGAUUGUGACGAUCAGACGGGUUUUUUCUUUAUGUAAACAUAUUUCUGCACCAUUGUUCUGCAUUAAAGCACCACUAUAAACCAUGUAACACAAGUUAAAAGUAAAGUUAUUUGCCAAAUAAACGUUAUAAAGGAAAAAAGGGAAAUAUUUUAUUUACUGCUCCGUAGUUUCUGUGAAGAAAUAUGUAACUUGGUACUUCACCUCCUGGAGUCGUUUUAGUAGCUGAACAUUUUAAGAUGAGACGUUUGUCUUCCAAGAAUUCAACAUAUAUAAAAAAUAAAGCUUCAAAAAAAUAAACGAAUAUUGAAUAUUGGUUGUAAAUUGAGUUUUUCUUUUAGAAAAAUUCCCAAAAAAGGUGCCAAAUUACAUGUUUCUGUCAAGGAAAUAAAAAUAAAAUUACAAAACAAAGUAGUUCAAUGCAUAAUUAUGUUCUUAUUGUUUGUGUUUAGUGUUCAGUUAUCUGUUUGAAUUAAAUUCAAUCAAAAAUC